AUGCAACCCAAUCAUGUUGACUCACAGAAGGCUCACCCAACCUCAGGCAUUGCCGCUUCAGGCCGGGCGUCCAUAGACCCCGACAUCGAAAGCGACUCCGAUCCUUCAGCCCCGGCCAACGGCCAUCGAGACUCAGUCGGUUCAAUUAUUGACGACCCCUUCUUCCAGACCUACGACCCGGCCGUUCAAGCCGCUGCAGUUUCCGAGGACGAGGACCAAUCUGAUGGAAGUUCGGUCUACCAAUCGCUAGAAGACGAGGACCACGAGCAUCUUUUUCACGACACAAAGGGGCACAACUUCGGCAAAACGGCAAAGCAAGCCAAGCGCAAAAGCGGCGGCGGAAAGAAAGUGAAGCCCGACAGCGAUGAUAACGAAUCAAGCCAAUACUGGCCGCCUCCACGACGAGAAUCUUUGACCGCUACACCCUCUUCGUACUGGUCCCAAUCAUCACCGACUAUGGAAAGUUUCAACAUUGCCGUCAUCGGUUCCACCGGCGUUGGCAAAUCAUCCUUUGUCCAGCGGGUCUUGGGCCUGUCUCGCCCACCUAUCUCGAAUGCUUCCAGCGUCCGCAUGCUGGUUGACAACAACUCUCACGCCGUAACUCUACUCGAGCUGGACCUGGAGUAUUUCGAAUUGAACCCCAUGCAGCCCAUCCAGUGGCCAAAACAGAUCAAUGGGCAUAUCGUCCCCCGCGUCGAUGCUGCUCUUAUAUUAUAUGAUGUCACGAAUCAUGAAUCCGUGCGUGAACUACCUCAGACUUUGGAAGAAAAUGGCGAAACGUUCUCGCGCAGGCGAGCGCAGUCUGCUGCCAAUCUGGAAGCUCCUGACGUUGGCACCGGGCGCCCCAUUAGCCAGCAUAGCAAACAUAGUCGAGCAAGCUCCGAUUUCUCUUUACUAAAGGGUUUCUCCAAUCCACCAAUCAACGAAAACUACCGAGCGCAGUCGUCUCGUAGCCCCAGGCAAGGUCAUGUAGCCAACUCGAAUCCCGAGGCAGGAGAACUGGGCCAAGCGCAAACACUCAAUAACAUGUUGAGAACUCCUGGUAUUCGACUCGAUAGACCCAGUACCGAUUCGUUCUUGGAUGUGGAUGAGUCCGAUGCAGAAUCCUAUCGAUACUCCGAUGACAUUCCGAUACUUCAAAGAAAUGACGAUAACACGCUGGAUAAGCAAGCGAAGAUGGCAGGCGUAACAUUCGAUGAGCUAGUUGAUCGACUUCUUGCUCCUCGCUUGACAAGAGUCGACAACAACUUCUCUGAUGUUUUUCUCUGUCUUUAUCGCAAGUUUGCAGCUCCUGGUGAGCUAUUUACUGCCAUUUUAACCCGACUGGAUAAAGUGAGAGACGAUAAGACAGCGCAUUACCUUUCCAAGACCGCCACACAGCUCCGAAUCAUUGAAGUGGUCGCGAAAUGGGUGUCGCUUUACCCCGGCGACUUCGCCCGCCCUCAAACUAGACGAAACUUGGAGGAGUUUAUCAGGCAUCUGAGUACAGAACCGAUUUUCUCAAUCGCUGCGCAACAUAUGCGACGACACCUCCAAUUCAAUGUCGUGGAAGAUGACGAUACAGGUUGGGCAAACUCGGACGAGACUAGCGAUAAGCUCGCAAGCGAGAUCUUGUCAAAGGAUAUGAACGAGCUGUCGUCGGGUGUGAGUGUGUUGACGGUGGAGUCGGAUAUGGACGUAAGACCAUCUGGAAGCUCGGAGGUCUCUCUUGCGGACAGAAGCAGCAGUGUCUCGAGCCAGGUGCAUUUUCACACGUUUGAGGACUACGAAAGAGCUGCAAGCAACCUGGAACCUACGGACAACCUACCUAUGAACAAAUUCCGCUACCAUAUAUUCAUGGACAUCCCCGAUGAUGAUGUUGCUGAUGAGCUGACCAGAAUCGACUGGAUCAUGUUUUCCUCAAUUCGAAUACGCGAUUUCGUUCGACAUGUCAGCCUAUCCGCGUCCCAAAAAGAGCGUUGCAAGAGUUUACGGAAUGUGAAUCGAAUGAUCAACCAUUUCAAUCAUGUUGCCAAAUGGGUUGCCAACAUGAUUCUGCUGCGGGACAAGGCCAAACAUCGAGCGCUUAUAUUAGAGAAGUUCAUGAAUAUUUCACUUAAGCUGCGGCAACUGAAUAACUACAAUGGACUGGCAGCCAUUCUAGCAGGUGUGAACGGAACAGCCAUUCAUCGAUUAAAUCAGACGAGAGCACUAGUACCAGCAGAAGUCCAAAAGCGGUUUGCGCGGUUGGGCAUAUUGAUGGGAACUCAGAAAAGUCAUUUCGCCUACCGCCUAGCCUGGGAAAACUCCUCCCUCCCCCGGAUUCCUUUCAUUCCCCUUCAUCGAAGAGACUUGGUGUCAGCAGAGGAGGGUAGCAGAACAUUUGUCGGCACUGAUGGAGAUCGCAUUAAUUGGAAGAAGUUUGAGGUUCUAGGCGAGGUCCUGUUACCAAUCAUGAAGAGCCAGAGCACAUCAUACCCAAAUCUAACCAAGCACGAUACUGCAAGAGAACUGAUUCUGGGUUGUCGCAUGCCAACGGAUGAAGAGGACAUUUAUCAGCGAAGUGUGCAAGUCGAAAGUGGCUCAGGGAAUUUCGCUGAGCCGCCGAAGAAGAAGUUCCCAUGGUUUGCAAAGUAA